GCGGGCAGGCUGCGGCCGGGGGCCCUGCCCGCGGCUCGGGGGUGCAGAGCACCCUCUCCCGGCGCUGCCUGUCAGCAGCUGCCGGACGUUUUUAUUACUUUUUUUUUUUUAAUUAUUUUUUUUUCUGCCUGCCAGCUGGGGCGGCUCAUCCCGUCCUGUCCCGUCCCUGAGCGGUGCCGCUCGCCGCGGGAUGCCGCGCCCCGCGCCCCGCGGCUGAGCGCGUCCCGCCGGGGCUCCAUGGGCUGCACCGGCAGCGCCCUGCGCUGCUGCCCCGUCGGUGCCGAGAGACAGCUAAAAUCCCAGCAGCAGAGGGGAUCAGCUUCCCAGGAGCUUUCGGCCUUGAAGACACAAAAUGCCAAUGCCUGCCUGCUUCCUGAGCACGGGGAGAAGGCAGCACGGCCAGAGGAGUGGGUGGACAGUGCGAGAUUCCUCCAAGGCCAGGAGGAGGAGGAGGAGCAGCGGCUGCGGGAUGCUGGCCGGGCAGGCACUGCCAGCAUCUCCCAGGACGCUGAAAUCCAGGUGGAAAAGGGAAAAGAGCUGGAGCUGAAGGAACAGCUUGAUGCCCUGAGGAGAGAGCACACAGAAACCCUGCAAGAGCUGCAGGGAGCACAUGAGCAGGAGAAGCUGCUGCUGACAGAGUCCCACCACAGGUCUGAGGCAGCCUUACAGGAGAAAAUUCAGGCACUGAAUUCCCAGCUGAAAUCCUUCCAGGAGAGGAUGAAGCGGGUGGAGGAAUCACUCUUGAGAACAGACUACAAGAAGCACAUCCAGGAGCACGGGAGCCCCAGCCCCUUCUGGGAGCAGGAGCUGGAGAGCCUGCACUUCGUCAUUGAGAUGAAGAACGAGCACAUCCACGGCCUGGACAAGAAGCUGCUGCACCUGGAGACUGUGGAAGAGAGGAACCUUCUGCUGGAGGAGAAGGUGAAAACUCUCCAGCAAGAGAACGAGGACCUGCAAGUUCGCACGCAGAACCACUUGGUCAUGGCGAGGCAGCUGUCCGAGGAGCUCCAGGCCGCCCGCGGGGCGCUGGAGAAGGAGGCGCAGCUGCUGGAUCAGGCUCGCCGGGAGAAGGAGGAGCUGCUGUACCGCGUGCUCAACGCCGAGGACGGCACCCCCUUCCCCAUGGCGACCGGCGAGGUGCCCCUCAUCGCCACGUAGCACCGACGGCACCGAGCGCUGCCGGGGCUGCCCUGUGAGCCCAGGGCUGCUCCCAUCAGUGCCCCCCAGUCGGGGCAGGGCUCCGGGCUGGCCGAGCCCUCGGGGCGCUCAUGGACCGGAGUGAUGGAGCAUUUCACGGGACACUUACGCCUGCAUUUCCCCAGCCCGUGUGGGACUGCAGAGGGACCCUGGCCUCCCACCCACGCAGUCCCUGCACCCCUUUGGUGAGGGGGUGACUGGGGGUGAAAGAGGUCAGCCAGGACACACAGACUUGCAUCAGGCUGGAUCGGAUCCAGCAUUUGGCUCUGAAUAUAAACAACACCAGUGCUGCCCCAGGGCAUGAGGAUGAUGAGAGGCCACUAGGACAAGCACCAGGAGGAUGAGGAGGGCACUGGGGAUAUGGUGUUAACCUCAUCAGGCAGGGCUCCUACCCAUGCCCACCUAUUCCCAUCACGUCUUCCACCUUCAGCAAAUGUCUCCCAGGUACAGCUCCUGCAGCUCAGGCAUGUCCCAGCUCACUGCCACAAAGACCCCAAGCCCUACUUGUCCCUGCUGCCCAUCAGCAACACCACCAGUCCCAUCUUCUCCCCCAAAAGCUGGAUAGAGGCUGAAGCUGUACAUCAGGAAGCAGAGCAUCCUUCCAGGGGGUACCAGGCUUUGGCAGGUCACACCCCUCUGCUCGAGGCAGGGCAUCCCCAUCAGGGAAGAUGCUGCCAGCAUGGCUGUGGGUCAGGGCUGGAUGCACACAAGCACUUUCCCCUGGGUGCACAAGUGUGGUGGGAGUCACUGCUCUGGGCCUGUCACAGCCCUGUCCCCUCCCCAGGGCUGUUUAGCCAG